AUGCCGCUUCUGCUCGCAAGAACUAGUCUAAGAACCCACACCUACUACACUUCCUUACGCUCAGUCAGCAAGGUCCACCCCACUUUUUUGUUUGUAUACGCGCUCGCUAGGCGCUUGGCUUCACUUUCUUGUCGAUCUUUGAACGUGCCUUUUGUUCUUCGACAUACUCGAUGUGAUCGAGAUCUCUGGGGAGCAAUCGUGACAGUCGAUCGCAGCCAGUGUGUCAAUGUGGAGCAGCAUUCAACAUUUCUGAUUGCCGCCUCACAGCUCAACGCCCCCUCUCGCAUGUUCGCUAUCACUGAAUUGGCAGAGGCAAUUCUGAACGAGUUACCACCACGCGAUCUCCUCCUCAGCAACGCAGACAGCAUUGAUCUUUCGGUCGCUAAUGUGCCUUCCCUGCGCGAGCUUUCACAGAAAACUGUCAUGGUGAGCCAUGCAAGUUCCAUCACCACCACUUGUGGCUGGCGGGAUGGAAAGCGCGACACAUUCGAUGCCAACGAGGCUUCAGUUGAAAUUAGAUUCAAUAGGAGCGAGACAUCGGGGGGAUAUGCGGGCAGCAGAGAGCCCGAGAGUAGCGUAGUUCUGCUUUCAAACUUCUCGAUGGAUUGGGUUCUGACUGUAGACGUAGUUAAUGAUGUUCAUGAUUUGGUGCUGUGCCUUCCAAACUCACCCUCACAUUCUUGGCGUGCACCUGCCAUUUGUCUUGUGACGUGCUUCGUGAUGUUCAUGAUUUGGUGCUCUGCCUUCCUCAUUCACUCUCACAUUCUUGGCGUCACAUGCUUGGCGCACACUAUUGCUUCGCCACAUCAACAACAAAACUUCAGCAUCGAACCCUCGAAUCGCUUCAUCAUGCCACCGAGAAAUGAUGGCAACAUGGAACCACCGCCACUAAGCGCCGCCACUCGCGUGUUUGGCAUCACCGAGCUCGCUGAGCAGAUACUAAGCGAUCUCUCGCCACGAGACCUGUUGAUAGUCCAGCGUGUCUGUCCGAACAUACGCUACACCGUGCAAGGAUCCAGCGCGCUCAAGAAGCAGGCUUUUCUCAGUCCAUCGAAUGGCGCCGACCUGGAGCUACUCCCGGACGACCUCAGACCGCCGCACAUUCGCUCUUUGUACAUCUUUACCAGCGGCACCAGUUGGGCUGUCGACGCUCCUUAUACCUCCUCCGUCAGCCUAUACCUAGACCCAAAGUGCCAGAUUGGCUAUGGGGAGGAAUCCUGGCGCAAAAUGCAGGUGUCUUCGCCCCCAGUCAUUCGCGGUAAAAUUUGGGUCCGGAAUCGUCGUCGCAGAACUUACAGUGAAAGGGACCUGAGGAGUGCUCGUGGUGGUUUCACGUUGGGCGACCUCGCUCAGGCUGCAAAUCGGCUGCGGCAGGGAAAGCAUAAGUUGAAAAUGAUUUCGUUUUUCCUCCACACAGACAUGAACGAAGCUCGGGACCCACUUCCUGACCUUCCACUGAACGUAUGA